AUGAACCCGUGCGCCAGCGACUUUACGCCUCUUUCAAGUCCAGAAAUUGGCUGGUCUUCCUCUGCGGUUCCCCUGGACGAGACCAUCCACGAGCCUUGCUUUCCUUUUGUCCAUACUCUGGCACCCGCGUCACAUGCAGAUCACGACUCAACCAGACUUGGUCCUCACGACUUGAAUCAGCCUCUCACACCUCAUCAAACCCCCUUACUGGAGUAUUCACACCUGUUCACCGUCUCGCCUCUCAACAGCUAUGCGGACCCCGCCCAGGGCUGGAGUAUGCCUCCAUACUGCAACCCCGUACACUUUGCCGCGAGUUUGUAUCAUACACCUCCGCAUAUUCUUUAUCCUCCGAUUGUUCACUAUCCAAUAUUUCCCAAUUCUUCCUGCGGCAAAGCCCUGCGAGACACCACGUUUGCAACAACAGGCCGGCUCAGCACCCAACCAUGUGCCUCCUCCGCCAGCGUCAGUGGACCGCAUCUUCUGCCCGGACCGGACCUAUCCCCAGGUAUCACGAAAUUGGGCCAAAAACCAACAUGGCGUCGUGACGGGGGCAUCAAUUUGGGGUCUCAUGCUUCUGGGUUGAAGCCGCUGGCCUGUACUUCAUCCCGUGCUGGGAAAUGCGAGAUGGGUGAUGAUGCUGGUGGAUGGCGCAAGGCUCCGAGCCGUGCGACAAAAAAAUCCAUCACUAGCACGCAAACUGGAUUUUCCAGCAGUAACACGUCUCCAAAUUCCGAUUCAGAAGCUAGCCUUUCAUUAACCCAGGGCCCUUUUGCGUGUGCAAGCGCCCCGUCGCCCCCUUGUCCUGACGAACCCUUGCCUUUGUUCUUCGAAUCUGCGUCCGCAAGAUACACGCCAUAUCUUGACAACUUUGAUUCAUCCGAUUCAUUUCAAUCAAGUCUUGUUCAGGCUUCAGCUGACAAUUGCUAUAAGCAAUUGCCCCUACUGUCACGCCAUUUCUGUCAAACCGACCCCUUUGCUGGGAGCGUCGGACGACAGUUUUCGCCUUGCGACGGAAUCACACAAUUACCCGAGGGUGGCAUCAACUGUUUUAACGCAGAAGCAGUCCAAUCACUCUCAGGUUCGCAAACAUUUCUUGGCAUGCCCGGGACUUUGGUCAAGGAGGCAUCUACCUAUUCAGACCCCGUCGAGCGCUCCGAAAUUGUCCAAUCCAGCACUAGUCCACCCAAAAGUGAGACCUCGCCCAUGAACCCCGACAAUCUUCUUUGCGCCGCCGAGAAUGGAAAGAAGCGAGGCUUUUCCUGCGCAAGGCCGCCAUUGCGCAAUCACAUCAGCAGAACGCCCAGAUCAGGUUUGUUCGUAAAAGAAACAUACGCCACUAACGAACCGGUCUUGGAAGUCGUUAAGAAGACGUCCAACAGAGGAGCUUUCAGCACAGUCUCAGCGUCAACACAACCACCUGCAGCAAAAAUCACGGGUACGUCAGGAUCGUGGUCACAAUCUAAGAGAUGGACGAGCCAGGAGACCAACGAACGCAAGACAUUUUCCACGACUGGAAAGAAUCUGGGUUAUAUCGGAGCCUUAAAUUCUCCAGUUGUCCCGCGAAAUCCAGCAGAACUUACCAAACUACGAGCAGAAAUUAUAGACAUCAAGAAGGAAAGGCUGUCUCGGGAACUUGAUAAGCGCAUGGCCACUUUGGAGCGCAAGAAAGCCAACAGUGGGGAAAACAAAAAAGGAGUCGCCCAAAUUGUCCCCUUUCUUCAAGGAAAACAGUUCAACGACAUGCUCUCACCAGUUUUUGCAUCCCGCAACUGUUUCAGAGACUAUAUUUCAGAUGACGACGCUCAGCUGGUCACAUGGCCACCUUUAGCCGAGUUCAAAGAAGUAGGAGACAAUAGACGGCCGAUAGAGCGAGAUCGCUGCUUUCCUUUACCAAGGUUGAGGAUUGUGAAGGAAGUUGUUGCUGUUGAAAGCGACGAUGAUCAUUCCACAUCAAAAAGGAUCGUCCGCUGCUGGGAAACCAUGGCUGUCAAAGUCAACACCCGCUUUAUUCGGUCUGGAACCUCUACCCACGACGAAGAACUGAUUGACCCUCUGAGCGAGAGGGAGCGAUUCGAAACAGAGCCCAAGCCAUAUUUCCUGCAGCUAGUGAUCCGUGACUUGGAAGAAGAACCCGGAGACUUGGCUGAUGCAAGCUGGUUCUGCAGGCUUGUCGAAAGAAUAUGCGACGGCUAA